AUGUCAGAGAUUACAUCAUUUAAUAUAACAUUUAUCGAUAAAAUCGAAUUAAUCUUCGCAUUGAAUGUCGAAAAUUUCUUCGGUGUUCAGACAGCUGAUAAAUCACUCAUUUAUCAAAUAUUUCCUUCCAAAAUUAUAGAACUAAAGUUAUCGAUAAACAAAGCUGAGUUACUUUCUGCUAUAAAUACUAAUGGGCGCAUUUUGCUUUCGGCAAUGAGUAGUUCAGGAGAAACCAAUGUUUAUGAUUUGCUGGAUAGAAAGCGAAUUUUCUCUGGUCUGUUUCAAGAUUCCAAGCGUGCACCUAUUACGCAAAUGAGAUUUUUCGCAACCAGUCGUGAUUAUGAAUUUUUAACAGUUGGUGAUGAUUGUCGCAUUGAUUUUUCUGUUGGUUCUGGUGCAAAUAUUUUCACAGAAUGGAGUCGUCAUGAAGCUUUGAGUGCAAUAGCAUCAGUGGAGAUAAUUGAUUUACCAUUUUCCGAUGCUCAAAUUGGUAUCGAAUCCGAAUUCAAUAUUAAUGGAGGCAAUAUCUUCGAAUCGUUUUUUCGCCGCAUAAAAAGCCAGACUGAGCAAUUGAAACGGAUAAUUUCGAUAUAUAAAAAUAUUCCUCUCGAAAGGGAUUAUUUCAAUCUAAGAAAAAUUAUUGUUGUUUCAACUCUCAAAUCCAGUCUUUUUGGCUUGGAUAGCAAUGAUGGCUCGAUAAUUUGGCACAUAUAUUUGGGCAAAGGGACCUCGUAUUUUAUUAGUCACUUAGGAUCUAAGGCAAUGCCUCUUUUCAUACAAAGAACAGCCGCCCAUUAUCAAUAUCCUGCUCACGCUUCUGUGUUUUUUAUAAAUGAAUUUACUUCUCGCUCUUGUUUACUUGUUUUUAACCCAGUUGUGGGUGCUAUCAUCGAUCGUGUUGAGUUCAAUCGAAAAAUAAAGCGAGUUCAUCUUCUGCCGUUUAUUGAUUCUAAUGCUAUCCAGCCUCUUAUCAUUAUUGAUGAAAAUGACCGGAUUGUCACGUAUCCCGAAAAACUUACGAAUUUUUCUCACACAGUUGCUACUUAUUUUUUUUCAUUCGAUGCUGAAGGUCAUCUUGAGGGUUCAAUGUUGGACUUAAAUAGUCUACAGUUCAUUUCUUUGUGGAAGUCUUCUCUUGCAUUCACCAAAAAUCAGAAAAUUAUUGCAUUUUCGGCUAAACCUUUUCAUCAACGAGUACAUAGUGCGGGUCAUGUUCUUGAUGACCGAUCGGUAUUGUAUAAGUACUCGAAUCCAAAUUUAGUUGCAUUAGCGGUUUUAGAUUCAUUUCAAUCAACUUUGAUGAUUUAUCUGGUCGAUGCAGUUUCUGGUUACAUUGUUUAUUCGGCAAAACAAUCUAAAGUGGCGGGUCCUAUCAAUUUGGUUCAUUGUGAAAAUUGGUUAGCGUAUUCUUAUUGGAAUGAAAAAGGUCGACGUGUGGAAAUUGCAAUUAUUGAACUUUACGAAGGUUUUAAACAAACAGAUGAAAUGGAAUUCGAUUCGCUAAAACCUACAAUAUCUCCAGCGAUACAAGCAAUUACCCAAGCAUAUAUAUUUCCACAGGGAAUUUCGGCUUUAGGUGUUACUGAAACAGAGCAGGGUUUGUCCACUCGCUCUUUGUUGAUCGCUAUGCCCUUCGGCGCUAUUUAUGGAAUUUCGAAGAGGAUUGUUGAUGCUCGAAGGCCUCUUGAAAUGACUCCUGAAUUGGCAAGAGAGAUGUUAAUUCCUUAUCGACCUGAACUACCAAUCGCAUCAGAAGAAUUCAUCAAUUACAACCAGUCAAUCUACAACAUAAAAGCGAUUCGAGCCGCACCAUCAGGCUUGGAAUCCACAAGUUUAAUAUUCGCUUAUGGCCUUGACCUCUUUUUCACUCGAAUGACUCCUUCAGGAACAUUUGAUAUAUUGAAGGAUGAUUUUGAUCAUGUGUUGAUUAGUUUAGUUCUUAUUUCAUUGUUAGUUUCUAGUUUUAUUUGCAAGAAGCUAGGUAAAAGUCAUAGCCUAAAACAAGCUUGGUUGUAA